AUGGCUGGCAUCAAAAUCAUCUGGGGCGGAGCCUCGAUCAUUGACAAAGCCUCAUAUCCUACCCUUGAAUCAAUCAGCAAGAUUCUCGAUAUUCUGCAUGCCAAAGGCAUCAAAAACAUCGAUACUGCCAAGCGCUACAGUGACUCGGAGGAGCUAUUGGGAAAACUUCACGCCGAUUCCCGCUUUAAAAUUGAUUCGAAAUUCCCUGCCGGGCUUGGAGCCGAGCCUUCCACUCCAGAGUCUCUUGUUACAAGUUUAAACGAGAGUUUGGCCCUUCUUCAAACUGAUCAGCUCGAUAUCUACUACAUGCAUGCCCCCGAACGCAGAAACUCAAUGGAAGACCUGCUGGCUAGCGUCGACUCUGCGUACCAGGCUGGAAAGUUCAAGCGUUUCGGGCUGUCCAACUAUCUGGCCGAGGAGGUCGAAGAGGUAGUCCGAAUCUGCCGCGAAAAGAAUUACGUCGUUCCAAGUGUCUACCAAGGCAACUAUUCCGCCGUUGCACGCCGAACAGAAAAAGAGAUAUUUCCCACACUGCGGAAGCAUAACAUGUCCUUCUAUGCUUAUUCGCCCAUUGCAGGAGGAUUCCUGACCAAGGAUGUUGCGACGUUCAUUUCCGGGGCCCAGGGUCGAUGGGAUCCAAACACACCAAUUGGUGGGGUCUACAAUGCGCUUUUCAAUAAGCCGAGAAUGCUGGAGGGCUUGGAACAAUGGGAGAAGAUCUCCAAGGAGUCUGGCAUCCCAAAGGCUGAAUUGGCAUAUCGAUGGGUGGCGCAUAACUCGGUCCUCAAAGGAGAAUUCGGGGAUGCUGUGAUUGUUGGUUCGCGAAAUGCCGAGCAGCUCAAUCAGACGCUUGCUGCAUUGACCGAAGGUCCUCUCAGCGCAGACAUCGCAGAACGGAUAGAGCAGGUGUGGAAGAUUGUCGAAGCUGAUUCGCCUUUGGACACCUUCAACGGUGCUUCUUAG